AAUUAAUGGGUUGUGGAUCUUCCUAAUCAGAAACAUCUGAAUUAUAGAAAGGAAAUCAUUCUUAAAAAACUAAUAUUUCUUCACCUGAUUCUAAUGAGUUGGCUGAUAAAUAAAAACUUUAUUAAAGAGGUACAAUUUCAAAUAACUGGAGGAAACUUUUUACUCAAGAAGUAAAAGUAUGAGCAGGCUAUUUCUUUAUUUGAUAGAGUCUUAGAAAUUGAUCCAGAAUUUGCUGAUGCUUACUAUUCAAAAGGUAACUUUAUUAAUUAUAUUCAGCAAUUGUUGCUUUUGAAUAAAAUAAAAUAGAGGAUGCCUAAAAGUUAUUAGAUAUAACAUUAGAAAAAUAACCUGAACAUGUUUAUGCGUUAAAUGAAGCAGGUUUUUUUUAUCAAAAUUAAUAUAGGGUGUUUAAUGAUAAAGUAAAGAAAAUUUCCAGAAGCCUUAGUUUAUCUUGAAAAAGCAUUUACAAAACAAUAAAACUUUUCAGAAGUUAAUUAUAGUUUAGGUAUAUACAAAUUUUUUGAGUUUAUUUUAGCAUAUGCUUUAUCUAAAUUAAAUAGAAAGGAAGAAUCUUUAAAAUAUUAUGAUUUAGCUAUACAAGAAGACUCAUAAUAAAAACAUUUUUAUAUUAAUAAAGCUUCUACAUUGAUUGAACUAAAUAAAUAUGAAGAAGCUUUAAAAUGCGUUUCUGAGGCUUUAAAAUUAGAUUAAGAUUAUGUAGAAGCCUUAAUUAUUUAAGGUACAAUAUAAUAUAAUAAUAAUAUAGGAAAUAUUUAUAAAGGUACAAAACAAUUUGAAAAAUUGUAUAGCGUUGGCUUAGCAAUUUUGAAAUUAGAUAAUGAAAACAAAUUUGCUUAAUUGAUGAAAAAAGAGGCUGAAUAAAAUUUAAAUAUUUAGCCCACUGAAUAACAAUCUGAUACAAAUAUUUCAAUAGAUGACAAAUUAAUUUUAGGUAUAAUUAAUAUUGAUUAAUUAGCUCAAAAUUUGGUUUCAGAAAAAGAAUUUGUAUAAGCAAGAAAGAUUAUUGAAAAAAUUCUUUAGAAAGAUUCUUAAAAUUAUUAAACUCUUAAAUUAAAAGCUUAGAUCUUAAUUGAAUUAAAAUAAUAUGCUGAUGCAUUAGAUAGCUUAAAUAGACUAUUAGUAUAAUAACCAAAAGAUAUAAUAGUUUUAAAAGAUAAAGGUAUUAUAAAAUUAUAUAAGAAUAGCAUUUAUAUUAGAAAAGUUGAAUAGAUUAGAAGAAGCAUUAUAAUGUUAUACUUUAAUUAUAGAUGAGGAAGCAAUGCUUGCAAAAAAUGAGAAAAAAGGUAGUUAUAUUUAUUUAUUUUUUAAGCUGAUCUAUAUAUGAAACUUGGAAAAGUCAAAGAAGCUUCAGAAAUAUUUGAAAGUCUCAAUAAAUUACCAAAAUUAGAUGAUCCAUAAGCAUAUAUUCUAAAGGGUAAUAAUUUAUUUAAUUAUUUUUUUAGGAAAGUUAUUAUAUUCCUAAGAGAAAUUUGAGGAAAGUAUAACUUUUUUAUCAGAAGGACUGUUAAAAUUUUAGAAAAAUAUUGACAUAAUGUAAUUGCUUGCUCAGAAUCAUAAAUCAUUAAAAAAUGAAAAAGAAGCAUUGAAUAUACAUUAAUAAGUUCUAGAGAUUGAUAAAUAUAAUGAUUGUUCUAAUUUUGAAAAAGGUAAUAUUGAUUAUAUAAUAAUUAGGUGUAAUUUAUUAUGAAUAAAAAUACUAUAAGAAAGCAUUAGAUUCUCUAAAUAAGAUAAAAAAUCCAGAAUUUAAUGAAUUAUCUUAUUAUUAUUUUGGAGUUUGUUAUUAUAAACUAGAAGAUUAUAAAAAUACUAUUAAAAAUUUAUAAAAUUAUGUGAAAAUUGGAAGAAAAGAAUUAUAAUAAGCUUAUUUUAUAGUAAUAUUAAAAAUUAAUGUUUUUAAAGUUAGGUGGAGCUUAUUUGUAACUUUUAAGAUUUGAUGAAGCAGAAGAAAAUUACCUAAAUUGUAUUAAAUGGGAUCCUAAUAAUGCUGAAGCUCAUUUUUAAUUAGGAAAUGUUUAUAAAUAGGAUAAAUAAAUUGAAGAAGCAAAAAAAUAUUACGAAUCAGCUCAUAAUCUUUAACCUUAUAAUGAAACAUAUAAAUAAAGUUAUGGUAUGAUUUAAAUAUUAAUUAUUAGAAACAUUUAUGAAUGAAAAAAACUAUUUAAUAGAAUAUAGUGAUAGUUUAUUAUAUACUUUGACCACUUUGAUAGGAAUUUGUUAAUUAGAUCAAAAAUCAUAAGAUUACGAAAAGUAAAAGAAUGAGAAAUAUUUGGGUAUGUUACUUCUAUUAGAGACUUAUUAAAAGAAAAGAUUCAAUUCAAUAGAUCAACAUUUUGAAUAAAUAAAAUAAUUAAUAGCUAAAUCAUAUGAUAUGUAAUAUACAGUAAUAGAUGAUACUUUAUUUCCAAUAAUGCAAUUUUGGCAUAAUUAAAAGAUUUGUAAGAAGAAGAAAGAUAUUCAUGAUUUUGUUAGUUCAAUUAUUAAUACAGUUAAAUUAUUAGUGAAUAUAAAUAGUGAAAAAAUACUUAAUGUAAUUAAGAGUGAAAGAUCUUUGAAUAAUAAAUAUUGUAUGGAAUUUGCUGAAAAAUGUGAGCAUGAAUUAUAUAAAAAGAGGAGUGGAUGUUUUGGUUUAGUAGAUGGAAUUAAAAUUCUUGGUUUUUUGUUAAAGUAUCAGAAAGAAUUUACUAAAGAACGUAUGUCAUUUUAAGAACUUAUCCCAACUAAAUAUUAAGUGGAAGAAAUAUAGAUAUUUCAUGAUUCUUAUUAUAAAUAAUGAGAUUAAGG